AUGCGAAAAUACAAUUCUGUUGCAACAGAGGCAACGCUGGUCCCUGAUGACUUUUCUGUAUCUCAGCGUGCGCUAUGUUGGAAUAAUUCAUGCCGUUAUCAACAUGCUUAUGAGUCUUCCAAUCUUGGUGACGGAUGUAGUGAGCAUUCUGUGCUAAUCUCUGCCAUCCCCGUCGAGUUAACUGUUACCCUACGUAGGGUUGUGAGCCAGAUUAUGUACACUGCACUAAAUUGGAUAGGUGUGACCGUAAUUACAAUGCUGGAAGUCAUCAUGGUUGCUCGGCUGCACACCAUGUAUCAGCAUUCCAGAAAGGUGCUGAUCAUUCUGCUCAUCGCCUUCCUGGCUGUUGGUAUUGUCAAUAUAGUGGUAGCCGCAAUAAUGAUGAGACAUUUUUCAGCAGAAGAGCUCGUUCUCUCUGGGACCUAUCAGUGCGCUAUUAAAUUCGAGGAAGAUGUGGUCCUUCUGGGUUCCAUAUCUUGGACACUCGGGAUUGCAUGGGAGGUUCUCACGCUGUGUCUCACUGUCCGGAUUGCUGUAAAGCACUUCCGUGAACUACAAAGACAUUCGGCAGGCCAAAUUAUAAAGGACUGUUUUACGGUAUUAUUGAAAACUCACGUGGGUUACUUUGCGAGCAUGCUUCCAGCUGCUUGCCUGAAGCUCGGUUAUAUGUCGCCAAUGAUUUCAGCGGACAAAUACUCCCCGGGAACUCAGAUUUAUCUUGGUUUUCUUCAAAUUUUCACGCUCGCUGAAAUGUUUGUGCUGGGACCACAUCUGAUCCUUAGUGUUCGAGAAUAUCAUACUGGGCUCAUGGCCCAUUCAGAUGCAGGUCCCAGCAUGAUUCCAAUGUCUUUCCAGGAGCGCGUGCAUAUAUCAACUGGCGGUGGUGUGUAG